UGUGCGCGGUGUUUGCUCAGCAGAAGACCGGAGUGAGAUUUAGUUAAAGUUACAUACAUGCUUUCCAUGAAUGGGUUUGUCCAGCACUAGUGAAGAUCCUGUACCGUGCGGCCGAACUGUCAGAUAUAUCAAUCACUAUCCCAGAUAUUGAGAUUGCCAUCAAGCUGUAUGCCCACUGGAUCACAUGUCUUAAUCGUGGACCACAAUGAACAAAGAACGGGUACUCGAGCAAAGGCUACGGAGAAUUUUUGGCCCACGGCGCAACACAUCAGCCCCUCCAGGCGAGAAAGUACGACCCGAUCGAGGGAUUGCCCGGAGUUUAAAUUGCCUACUCAUACUACGGGUGGGGAGUGUAGGAAGUACUGUACGGUCCAUACAGUUUGGCAGACGAUCAUCAACAACAGUUUACGGGAGUACGAAAUACAGUUACAUUUCGUGAUCAGAUCAGUGUGUAGUGUGUACUGUACUUGUACCCUUGUGGAUGGGGGGUGUGGGUUCCAAUGGCAUGGAAACUGUCAUUGCCGAUCGCGCGCGCUCACCCCAAUUUUUGGCUUUAUUGAUGAUUGGGACUCGGGCGUUAUCCUCAGGUGCUGUGCAGGACUGUGCCUACUCAUACUAUCUGGAUACUCAUAAAUUUUGUUUUUUUUUUUUUUUUUUUUUUUUUUGCUGAGGAUGAGCUGAGGCGAUUCAAGAGAAUCACCCGGGAGUGCCGGGCUAGAGAUCAGUCCUACGGGAAGUAAAGGAGUAAAAAGAUAUAUUGUGGGAGUCUCCGUAGUUUAC